AUGCCUCCUAAAUCAUCAAAGGCUGCUAAUAACAGCAGCAAGACCAAUGAGGAAGAUGGAUAUCAAACCGGUAAAAUCUACUCCAUUUCUGGUCCCGUCGUCGUGGCUGAGGACAUGAUUGGUGUUGCCAUGUACGAGUUGGUCAGAGUAGGACAUGAUAACCUCGUUGGUGAGGUUAUUCGAAUCAGUGGCGACCAGGCCUCUAUUCAGGUUUACGAGGAGACAUCCGGCGUCAUGGUGGGUGACCCUGUUACCCGUACCGGAAAGCCCUUGUCAGUCGAACUCGGUCCCGGUCUCCUCAACGGUAUCUACGACGGUAUCCAGCGUCCCCUCGAGGCUAUUUCCAAAAUGGCCAAGUCCAUUUAUAUCCCCCGCGGUAUCGCCGUCCCUGCCCUCGACCGCGAGAAGAAGUGGGAGUUCACACCCUCCGUUAAGGUCGGCGACCACCUUUCCGGUGGUGAUGUCUGGGGUUCUGUCUUCGAGAACUCUUUCCUCGCAGACCACAAGAUUCUGUUCCCUCCUCGUGCACGAGGAACCGUUACCAAAAUCGCCGCCAAGGGCGAGUACACCGUCGUCGAGAACAUCCUCGAGGUUGAGUUCGAUGGCAAGAAGACCGAGUACCCCAUGAUGCAGUCCUGGCCUGUCCGAGUACCACGUCCCUCCAACGACAAGAAGUCUGCCGAUCAGCCCUUCAUUGUCGGUCAGCGAGUUCUCGACGCUCUUUUCCCUAGUGUUCAAGGUGGUACCGUCGCAAUUCCCGGUGCUUUCGGUUGCGGAAAGACUGUCAUUAGUCAGUCUGUGUCCAAGUUCUCCAACAGUGACGUUAUCGUCUAUGUUGGUUGCGGUGAGCGAGGCAAUGAGAUGGCUGAAGUCUUGAAGGAUUUCCCCGAGCUCACCAUUGAGGUCGAUGGCCGCAAGGAGCCUAUCAUGAAGCGAACUACGCUCAUUGCCAACACCUCGAACAUGCCUGUCGCUGCCCGAGAGGCCUCCAUUUACACUGGAAUUACUGUUGCCGAAUAUUUCCGCGACCAGGGUCUUAACGUGGCCAUGAUGGCUGACUCCUCUUCCCGAUGGGCUGAGGCUCUUCGAGAACUUUCUGGUCGUCUAGGAGAAAUGCCUGCUGAUCAGGGUUUCCCCGCCUACCUGGGUGCCAAGCUUGCCUCGUUCUACGAACGAGCCGGUCGCGUUCAGACUCUUGGUUCUCCCGAGCGUGAGGGCAGUGUCAGUAUCGUCGGUGCGGUCAGUCCUCCUGGUGGUGAUUUCUCGGAUCCCGUUACUACGUCCACUCUGGGUAUUGUGCAGGUCUUCUGGGGUCUCGACAAGAAGCUUGCGCAGCGAAAACAUUUCCCUUCCAUCAAUACAUCGUUAUCUUACAGCAAGUAUAACACCAUUUUGGAUAAGUAUUACGAGAAGAACUACCCCGACUUCCCUCGACUCCGCGACCGCAUCAAGCAACUUCUGUCUGAUUCCGAGGAGCUCGACCAGGUUGUUCAGCUUGUUGGAAAGAGUGCCCUGUCUGAUCCUGACAAGAUUACGCUGGAUAUUGCAGGCCUGAUCAAAGAAGAUUUCUUGCAGCAAAACGGUUACUCGGACUAUGACCAGUUCUGUCCUAUCUGGAAGACAGAGUGGAUGAUGAAGCUCAUGGUAGGCUUCCACGACGAAGCCCAGAAGGUUAUCGCGCAGGGCCAGAGCUGGGCCAAGGUACGAGAGGCCACUUCUGACCUGCAAGCCAGCCUACGACAGUUGAAGUUUGAGGUUCCCACCGACGGCCAGGAUGUGAUCUCCAAGAGAUACGAGGAGAUUCAACAGAAGAUGACAGACAAGUUUGCGGCUGUCAUGGACGAGUAA